AUGGCGGACUCAACCGUCAGCUUCGACAACGCCGAGCCUAUGGACAACAUGAGUUUGGAGGAUGCGAUGGAGAUGGCUUCGAAUGAUGAUCAAGACGACUACAUAGAAGCUACCACUCUGGUGGAGGCGCACAACAGUCAGGACGAGGAGUUCAAGCUUGAUAGCUACAAUAGCCUCAGUCUUGAGCUUGACGAUGACGACGACGAUGAUACUGGCGACUACGAAGAUAGCCCUUUCGGCAAGAAACGCAAGCGCGUUGGCACUGGUGCCUCCAAGACCGAUAUGAAUCACUCCCAGCAGACCAACGCGCGCAUCAAGGCGGAGGGUGGCGAGACUUUCAUCUUGGACGAGUCGACGAGUCACAUGGCCCAACAGCAGCAGAACGAUCGCGUGAUCGGCACCUUUGGUCGCCGCAGCCGUCAGAAGGGGGAAAGUCUACCUGCGUACCACAAGAAAGUGUCAGCUCAACUCGACUCUGACGAUGAGCUCAUACUUCAAAUGCGCGAGAAAGGCUAUAGUGACCGCCAAAUUGCCGACAAGUUGGCUAAGGAUGGUCGUGUUCGCUACGACCAAAAGUCUAUCUCCACACGAAUCAUGCGCAUUCGACUUGCUCAGGCGGAGAAUUUCGACUUUCUUCUCCGGGAAGGAUACAGAGAGUGGGAGUUCGACGAUGACCAACGCCUUGUUCAGGCCUACGCUCUUGCCGACAUCGAGAUUAGCUACGAGAUCGAGCGUGUUCGCGCCUGGCGCUUCCGCAAGGUUUCAGAGUACAUGCGUCGCCUCGACAAGGAGUCGCUUUUCUCUGCGAAUGCAUGUCGCAUUCGCUACGGCGAGCUUAUUCAAGGCACAGCACGCAUUCCCUGUGACGUGGACGAUGAUCCAGACACUCGACGAGAAGAACUCAGAAUCUUCCGCCUAUCUCGCGAAGUGGCCCGCGAGAAAGAAACGGCCGAAAAUGAGACAAAAGAAGCCAUGGAGAAGCGUGUCAAGGACGCAACCAAGGUCAAGAACGCUCAAAAGGCAGAGGAGAUAGCCAACAAACGUGCUGCAAAGGAGGCGGACAAAGCCCAGCGUGCCAUGCAACGAGCUGCUCAAGCACAGCUUCGCAUGCAUAAGGCAGCAGAGAAUCAGAAAGCGAAGACAGAGAGGAAUGCGCAGAUCAAGAAGGCCGCCUCCGUUCCCAAGAAGCGUGGUAUUCAUAAUAAGGCAAAGCCCGACGUGGCAGCCGAAGCUUCCAAUCAGCCAUCGACAAAGACCAAGGAGGAGACCGAGCCUGUCGACCCUCGUUCCUACCUCAACAUGACAGACCUCACCAAGCUUUGCGCCAACCAUGGCCUCUCUACCGACAAGACGAAGAAGGAGCUCGUUGCUUCCCUGGUCGAUGCUGACAUGGAGUGGACCCACGAUCAGCUUCGCAAGAUGUGCAAGGCCAAGGGUCUCAAUGCCGGGGGCAGUAAGGCGGUUAUGCGGUACCAGCUGGCUCUGAAGGCAGCGCAGACGUGUCCUAGCUUCAAAGCGGGUAUGAAGGCGGCUGAUGACGGGGACGAAAAGGGCGGUGAUGAGAUGAUGGUGGGCACUGAGUAG